AUGAUAGGCGGAGGAAAGGUUUACUGGGGGAGAAAGGCGGAUAAAGAGAUUGAGGACGGUGGAGGAGGGUCUCACGGCGUCGUUGUGAUCUUCGCUUGGAGCUCGAUUGACGAGAAUCAUCUCACGAAUUUCGUUGACCUCUACUCUUCUCUUGGAUGGAAUUCGCUUGUUUGUCGAGCUGAUUUUCUCACUGCGUUUUACCCUGAAAUGGCUCUCUCUUUAGCAUUCCAUCUUCUUUCUGAGCUCGUUGAGGAGCUAAAGACCAGACCAUGUCCUGUUAUCUUUCUAGCUUUCUCUGGAGCUCCAAAAGCUUGUAUGUACCAAGUAUUACAGGUGAUCAUGGGUGAUUGUGAAGCUCAAAUCCAUCCGAAUGAUAGCCAGUUGGUAAGAAACUGUCUCUCUGGACACGUCUACGACUCUGGCCCAUUGGAUUUCACAAGCGACUUGAAUGCGAAAUUCGCACUACAUCCCACUAUACGUCGAAUGUCUGGUCCUUCAAAGCUAGUAUCUUGGAUGGCCAAAGGGAUCUCUUCCGGACUUGACGGUUUAUAUCUCACAAGAUUUGAAUCCCAACGCCGUGAGUACUGGCAAGCCCUCUACUCAUCGGUUGAAAUCGGAGCUCCAUAUCUCAUUUUGUGCUCGGAGAAUGACGAUCUUGCUCCUCAAAACGUAAUUUCGAGCUUCACUCAUCAAUUGCAAGAACUGGGAGGAGAAGUUAAGGUUGUCAAAUGGAAAAACUCUCCUCAUGCAGGACACUACACACAUAACCCUAUACAAUACCGAGCUGUGAUCUCCAACUUUCUAGAGAAGGCCAUAUCAGUGCACUUGCAGAAUAUCCGACUCCUUGGAGAAAGAGCUCACACGCAUGAUGAGAUCUCCGAGUUAAUAUGCGGCCUUCAGAAAGUAGCCGUGAAGUCUAACCAAAGCCUGAGAAGAGUAGCCACUGGUCCAUGUGACCACUUCUUCUUACCAAGCUCAGCUCCGUACCAAAGCAGCAGCAGCACCAACGAUACAUCAUCAUCUUCGCAAGAAGAGCAGAGAGAAAGAUCCUCAUUCCGCCCGCUACAAGCAACGAGCAUCAACGCUCACAGCGUCCUCGGGCAGUUCCUAUUCGACUCUUGUGUUCCAAAGAACAUCGAAGGCUGGGAUAUUAGAUUCGGAGGUUCUUUAAACGGCCAGCCUUAUGCUACUUCCUCCUCUCGUAAGAGCUCAAAUCUUGGUUUCAAGAAACGCUUCCUCCGUUCAAGACUGUGA